AUGGCUGAAACUGCCGUGCAACUACCUUAUCUCUCGUCCCACUAUGCAAUUCCCGAAACCACGCUCACGACGCUUACACAGGCUCCAACCGUGGAGCUUGUCAAUCAGCUCUUAGAAUCCAUCAACAAAAAGGCACACGAAUCCGACGAGCUCAAGUCUGAUAAGCUUCGCUUGGAGGUUGAGCUUGAGAAUGCUGUGCGCAGUAAUGAGUCGAAGGUGAAGGUUCUGAAGACCAACGUGGAGAAGGGACACACAGAGGUCGCAGACCUGAGGAAGAAGCUCCACGAUGCCGAAACCACUCGCGCCACACUGGAGAGCGAGAUCGCGACUCUCAAAUCAUCCUCCACAUCGACUGAAUCCGAAACCACAUCUCUCAAAUCACGAAUCUCAUCGCUUGAAGCUUCUAACCGAGACACACUCGCAUUGCUUGAAUCCAAAUCCGCGGCCCACGACAAGUUGGCUGAAGAGCUUUCUGCUCAGCACAAAAAGACCAUCGAAUUGCGACGUGAACUAUCUACCGCAGAGCAAAAUCUCCAGAGUGCCAACGCGGCCUCUGCCAGCGCACGCUUCCGUGAACAGAGUCUACAGCAGGAACUGGAUCUUACCAAGAAAAAUAACGAGUGGUUCGAGACGGAGCUGAAGACAAAGUCUGCUGAAUACAUCAAAUUCCGCAAAGAAAAGGGCGCUCGCAUCUCAGAGCUCCAACGCGAGAACGAGGAAGCAAACUCUACUGUCGAUUCCCUCCGACGCAGCGAGAUUUCCUUGAAGAGUCGCCUGGAUGAGACAGAGCAACGGUAUGAAGGUGCUCUGGCCAGCAUACACCAACUUAAGGAGGAAGCCAUCCAAACGACCGAGUCUUUCCGCAUUGAACUUGAUAGCUCCAACCGUCUUGCCGAAUUACAAGGAUCUGCUGCACAAACUGCUAAACAACGCGUGCAAGAGUGCCAGCUUGCUUUGGAGAAGACCAAGGAUGACGCUGCCCAAGAGAUUUCCCGCAUUCGCGUGGAACUCGAAACCGAAACAAAUGACAAGAGUACCGCGGAGCGUCGUAUCGCUGAGCUCGAGGUACUUGUUGCCCAACUCGAGUCUGGAACGGAGAGAGGCAGAUCUGCAAGCCCUUCACUUUCUACGAAUGGAGGACCCCCUAGCACUCCUAAGCGAACGGCCCUGUUACGGACCAGUGGCACUCCCAAUGGUUCAUUCUCUCCCCGUGCUUCUCUUAAUGGAAGAAGCCUCAAUGUUACCCAAAUGUACUCUGAGUAUGAUCGCAUGCGGACCAGUCUUGCUCAGGAGACGAAAGAAAAACAAGAGCUCAAGCAUGCUCUCGACGAAAUCUGCAUGGAGCUUGAUGCUACCAAACCUGAGAUUGAGGAGGGACGUGUGGAAUGUACCCGACUUGAGCAUGCAAUUGUGGAAAUGUCUAGCCUUCUUGAGGCCGCUGGAAAGGAACGUGAUGUUGCACAGAAGGAGGCGCGGAAGUGGCAAGGCCAGGUCGAAGGCUUGGCCCGCGAAGGAGACAUUCUUCGCCAACAACUCCGUGACCUCAGCGCAGAAGUCAAGGUCCUCGUCCUUGAAGUUGCUGUUGCCAAACAUGGUGGAGACUACGACCGUGAGGAACUUGAAAAGAUUGCUCGCGGGGAAGUUGAAGAGUCUGCAAAGGAAUUGAACGAGACUGGUCGCUUUAUCAGUCAGAAUCUCACAACCUUCAAAGAUCUCCAUGAGUUGCAAGACCAGAACAACACUCUUCGGCGCAUGUUGCGGGAGCUCGGUGACAAGCAGGAGGGCGAAGAGGCUCAGGCCAAGGAAGCUGCCCGCCAGGCAGAAAUCGACGAAUUGAAGGAGCUUCGCACACGAUCCCAGACCAACCGUGAUGAGAUCGCCAACCUCAGUGCACAGAUGCAGAGCUACGUCAAAGAGCGUGAUACUUUCCGCAGUAUGCUCAUGCACCGCAAGCGGAAUGAUGAAGAUCCCUCAAUCUUCUCCCAGUCCAUGCCUCUUGGUGCUGCCCCGGGCAGUGUCGAGUCUGGACCGGACUAUGCCGAUCUACUCCGGAAGGUCCAAGCCCACUUCGACACUUUCCGUGAAGAAACCACAACCGACCACAAGGCCCUUCGCCAACAAGUCAACGAGCUGUCCCGCAAAAACAGCGAGUUGCUUUCAGAUGUCAGCCGCUCAAGCAGCCAGCAUGCCGCCGCUUCCCAGCGUGCUGAGCUUCUCCAGAGCAACUUCAACAUGCUGAAGAACGAGAACGCCGAGCUCCAGAAGCGUUACUCUGCUCUCUUUGAGAAUGCGAACCGACAGGACCUUCGCACACAGCAAGCUGCUGAAGACCUCGUCGAGGCUAAGGGUCUUGCUGAGAGCUUUCAGAGAGAAAACGCCAACCUCAAGGCGGAGAAGGAUCUGUGGAAGAACAUCGAGAAGAGACUCAUCGAUGAUACCGAAAACCUACGCAAUGAGCGCGCCCGCCUCGAUUCCCUCAAUGGCAACCUUCAGACCAUUCUCAACGAACGUGAACACACCGACUCCGAAAGCAGACGUCGCCUUCAAGCUAGCGUGGAGUCCCUCGAAACCGAACUUCAAUCCACAAAGCGCAAACUCAAUGAUGAAGUUGAGGAGUCAAAGAAAGCAAACAUGCGUCGCGAGUUUGACCAUGAGCAAAGCCAGAAGCGCAUUGAUGAUCUGGUGACUAGCUUGAGUUCAGUUCGUGAGGAGCUGGUCGCUGCCAAGACUACUCGCGAUCACCUUCAGUCCCGUGUGGAUGAGCUCGCUGUAGAGCUGAAGAGCGCAGAGGAACGUCUGCAAGUGUUGCAAUCCCGACCCAGCGUCUCUGGUGCCUCCACUGGAGCGCCCACCGAGGGCCAAGAUGAUGAUGAGGGAUCGGGCCUCACGCGAGAGCAGGAACUUGGCAUCGAAGUUUCGGAGCUCAGACGUGAUUUGGAGCUGGCCAAGGGCGAGCUCGAACAUGCCAAGAAUCUGGCAGAAGACUACCAGGCUAUCAGUCAAGCCAGCGAAGAACGUCUAGAGUCUGCCACCGAGACACAGGACCAAUACCGCGAGGAAACAGAUCGCCUAGUUGAGGAGAAGAACACCAAGAUCCAGGAUCUUGAAACCCGGGUUGAAGAAAUCUCUGCUGAGCUCGCCGCUUCCAACGCCGAGAUGUCCAAGAUCCGCGAGGAGCAAGCUGAGGCACAGCAUCGUCUUGAUGAACAAAAAGCCGACUUCGAGUCCGAGAUCACACGCCUUAAAGAUGACAAUGAGCGACACGUUGCGGCUGCCCAAUAUCAUCAGGAAGAUUUGAAGGCUCAGGCUGAGAUUGCCCAGCACGCCCAGCAAAACUACGAAACUGAGCUUGUGAAGCAUGCCGAGGCCGCUAAGAACGUUCAAACCGUCCGCGCAGAGAGCAAUCAACUGAGACUCGAGGUCGCCGAACUAAAGUCUCAAUCGGAAACGUACAAAAGUGACUUAACUCAGAAGGAGACAAGUUGGGCAGAGCAACGAGCCACCUAUGAGGGUGAGCUCUCUGAACUGUCCAAGCGCCGGGAGGAAGUACUUCGACAAAACUCUGUCUUGCAUACUCAACUUGAAAACAUCACUGGCCAAAUCUCAGCUUUGCAGCGGGACCGAAUGAAUGUCCCAGACGAGCAAGAUGAAGAGUCCACUGCCCCCAAUCUUGAGGGACUCCAGGAGGUCAUCAAGUUCUUGCGACGCGAGAAGGAAAUCGUUGAGGUUCAAUACCAUCUUUCUACACAAGAAAGCAAGCGACUCAACCAACAGCUUGACUACACCCAGUCACAGCUUGACGAGAGUCGUCUAAAGCUUGAACAGCAACGCCGUGCGGCAGCGGACAGCGACCACAACGCCCUGAGUCACAACAAACUGCUAGAAACCAUCAACGAACUUAAUGUAUUCCGCGAAAGCAAUGCCACUCUUCGAAACCAGCUCAAGCAAACCGAAGCUGCGCGUGAUGAGAAAAUUGCUCGCGAGAACCAGCUUGUCCAGGAGAUCGAACCUUACAAGGCUAAAAUUCUCGAGCUAGAGAGUCAGCUUGAGGCUAAGGAUGGAGAAAUGCAACUUCUACAGGCCGACCGUGACCGCUACCAGCAGCGCAUUCAGAACAUUCUCCAGAAGUACGACCGUGUUGAUCCUACCGAGAUGCAAGAACUCAAGGACAAGCUCACCAGCCUUGAGACCGAACGUGAUGAGGUAGUUGCCGAACGUGAUAACCUCCAAAGUCAAAUGGAGUCACUCCAAACCCAGAUCGCAGGCUUCCCAGAGCAGCUUCAGCAACAUGCUGAUGAGCGACUGGGAGAACUGCGCUCUAGGCUCACCGAACAAUUCAAGGCUCGCUCUAAAGACCUUAGUGCACGCAACAAGGCCAAGCAAGACGAAUUGAAUGUUGCAUUGCAGGAGAAGGAAGUCAUCCAGGCAGAACUUCAGGCCACCCAGCAGGAAUUGGAGGAGCUGAAGUCUAAGAUGGCCGAGGCGCCUGUCACAGCUGUGGCACCCACGGCAUCGGCAGAGGAUCCUGUUUCAGCCCCCGUUGAAACUGAAGCUGUCCCUGUCAACCCCACCCCUGCUUCUCAAUUCCCAACAGCGACUGUUACGACCGUCGCUACUGGUGACGCCCAACUUGUCCAGGCCCUUGAGCAAAAGAUCCAACGUCUUGAAGCCGCCCUUGCGGAGAAGGAAGGUCUGCUGGCCGCCCAGGCUGGCGAGCAAGAUGCAAAGGUCAAGGAACGAUCCGAACAUCUCAAGGCAGUGUUCAACAACAAGUUGGCUGAGGUCAGGGCUGCCCAUCGCCAAGAAAUCGAGAAGUUGUCCGCCGGUGAACAGCCGGCUCCUGGAACCCCUGUGGCCGCUGCACCUGCGUCUGCCGAGGCACCCCCAGCAACACCAUCGAAAACAGUUGAGCUUGCUGGCUUCUCCAUUCCCAACCUGACUGAUGCUCAAGCCAGAGAACUCGUUGCCAAACAUGAGACAAUUCGCACCAUCGUCAGAAACAAUAUUCUGACUGGUAUCAAGCGGGAGCGGGAGAAGGCACAGCAAGAGGCGCAGGCCACUAGUGGUGCCAAUCAAGAAGCAUUGACUGGGCUUGAACAAAAAUCAACGGAGGAGAAGCAAGCCUUACAGCUUGCCCACGAGAACGAUUUGAAAGAGAAGAUUGCCUCUGCUCUCGGACUGGCUGAGAAGAAGACAGCUGCCCGCCUCAGUAUGUUGGAUACUCGGUUCCGAACAGCCAGUGCCAAGAUCGAAGUCGUACAAAAGGCCGCGACAGAAACGCCCCAAAAGCCUGUCGUCGAGGUGUGGGAAGUCGCCAAGUCUGCCCGGCCUGUUCCUCCCCCAGUUGCUGCUGCUAAGCCAGUUGCACCAACCCCAGCACCUGUGGCUGCAACUCCAGCCGCACCAGCCCCCGAAGCGGCGCCGGUAUCUCAAACCCCAGUGGCUGCCCCCGCACCCGCCCCGGUGCCAACACCCGCGGCUGAAACUGCCCCUGCUCCUGUAGCCCCCACAGCCCAGACAAGUCCCGCUGAGUUUCCCGCUCAAACAGGAGAGCAGCAGGCCAGUGCGCCUGUCAACCCAUUCGGCCAGUCCCAACAGGCUGAGGGCCAGCAGUCUUCUCAGCUGCCCAGCAAACCACCUGGUGGAAACCACGUUGGAAACCCAGGUCUGAUGCGAGCCCUCCAGUCCGGCCUACCUGUCGCAAGAGCCGGCCGUGGUGGCCGUGGCGGUGGCCAGCAAUUUGGCCAUGGCCAAGCACAGGGCCAACAAGCCGAGCAAAAUCAGCAAGGUCAACAGGCGCACGCUCAACGUGGCGGAGCCCAACGUGGCCGUGGCCGUGGAGGCCAACCCCGUGGAGGAAACCAGCAGAAUUUAAAUGCUUCCGCGCGCCAGUUCAUCCCCCAAGGCAAUAAACGCUCCCGGGAAGAUGGUUCAGAUGCCCCAUCUGAUGCUAGCGGCGGAAAAAGGCAGCGUGGCGGUGGUGCCCAGCAAGCUCGUGGUGGAGGCUCGUCGUGA